GGCCAUGCAUCACCCGCGGGUGCAGCAGCACUUCAAGCGCGGGCAAGAGUGCAUGCGGGACGGCAACUACGAGCUGGCAAUCUCAGCCUUCACCACGGCCCUGCUCGACUCGCAGAACGAUCCCGAGUUCCGGCUGCACCUCGCGCAGGCGCUGCAUGCCAACGGGCAGUACAAGGAGGCGCUGCAGCAUUUGGAAGAGUGUGGCAAGUUCAUCUCGACCGCCGCCUACUACGAUGCUCGGGCGCAGACCGAGGCCAAGCUCGGACGGUUCUCCGAGGCCUUCCGCCACCACAAGAAGGCCAUCGCCAAGGAUCGCAAGGACCCUGCGCUUGGCGAGUACUACUUUCAUCGCGGGCAGAGCUUUGCGGCGUCGGAGCAGUUUAUCAAAGCCCGCAACGACUACAACAUGGCAGUCAAGCUUGGAGUCUCGGGCGCCAACGUCCACUUUUGCCGCGGCCUCGUCUACCGCAAGCUCGCCACGCCUGAAGACCUCGCCAAGGCUGUCGAGUGCUUUGAGACUGCGGUCUCGUUCAACGCGCGCAAUCCGGCGAUCCACAACAACCUCGGCCUUGCGUACUUUGAGCGCGGCGACUUUGCCAAGGCGAUCAACUGCUUUACCGCCGCCAUCAAGUUUUCGGGACUGGCUGUGCCGGGCGAGCUCUCUCGCGAUGCGCAAAAGGCGUUCUACCACAACAACAAGGGACUUGCGCUCUACCGGCUGGGCCAGCACUCGGCAGCCAUCUCCGAGUUCCGCGAGGCCAUUGCGCUCGAGGGCUCAGACCCGUACUUUUACCUCAACCUCGGCAAGUGCCUCCUCGCUACCAAGCGCUUUGAGUCGGCCCACGAAAUGUUUGACGAGGCCAUCUCCAUCAACCCCUCGGUGGCACUCUUCUACCACUCCAAGGGCUGGGCGUUUCAGAUCCAGGAGGACUACGAGGCCGCCAUCAUCCAGUUUGAGCUCGCGCUGGGGCAGGAGCCGGCCUACGUCCCGUCGCUCUACCACAUCGGCCUCAUGUACCACGCCACCCUCCAACACGCCGCGGCCUACGACUGCUUCACCAAGGUCAUCCGGCUGGUGCCUGAGGAUCCGCGUGCCUACGAGCGCCGCGGCAUGGUGCUGCAAGACGAGGGCUCGCACGAGCAGGCUCUUGAGAACUUUGACACCGCCCUCGAGCUCGAGCCCGAGUACAUGUCGGCGUACUACAAUCGCGGCAACUCGCUCCUCCACCUCGGCCGCUACCCGGCUGCGCUCCACGACUUUUCCGAGGCGCUGCGGCUCGGCGACGCCGACCCACUUGUCUUCAACUGCCUCGCGCUCACCAAGAAGGCCGUGGGCGAGUGGCACGAGGCCGUUGCCUACUUUACCCGUGCCAUCCAGCUCGAUCCGCACAGACCAACUUUUCUCUUCAACCGUGGGCAGUGCUACGUCCAGAUGGGCCUGUACAAGCGCGCAGUGGCUGACCUCAAGCUCGCCAUCUCGUUUGACAGCAACGAUCCCAAGCUGACCUACGUGCGCGGUCUCGCGUACUACGGGCAGUCCAAGUACAAGAAAGCCGUCAACGACUUUGUCGACGCCCUCAACCACGGCAUCGACGACGCUGUCGCUCCCGACUGUCACUACCACAUCGGGCUCUGCUUCUGUCACGGCGGCAUGCACGCCGAGGGCGUCCGCCACUUUUCGCUGGCUCUCUCGCUGCGCUCGGACCGCAUCGAGUAUCUCCACGAGCGCGCAAAGGCACUCCAGCUCAUGGGCUGCGAGGAGGACGCCGUCGCAGACUUUACCGCCGUCAUCGAGGCCCAGCCUGGCAAUGCCCACGCAUACUUUCGCCGCGCUUUUGCCCUCAAGGCUAUGGAUCUCAUGGAUGCUGCCGCCGCAGACUUUGAAAUGGCCGCCCGUCUCGAGCCCGACAACCCGCGCCUCGCCGUCAACUUUCACAAGAUCCACGCUAUCGACUGCAUUGUGCUCUGCAAGCCUGGCGAAGAGGCCAUCAACGCGCCAUCGACACUUGCGGACGUACUCGCCACCACAGACAGCUCCAUGCUUGCCCGCUUCUCGCUGGACAACCGCGAGAUUGUGCGGCGCCCCGAGUCGUCGACGGGCUGGCAACAGAGCUGAGCCAAGUAACACUCGCAAGUAGCUACGGC